GCCUUUUCACGCUGGUGUCCCGGGCUCUCGGCUCGACCUUCUCGCUCGCGAAUGGCGCCCGCGUCGUCAUCACUCUCCCCCCCCACACCGCUUGCCUCCUGCUCAGCCCAAACUUCCCUGCUCGCCACCGGUUCCGCCUCGCUUUCCAGUGCGUCGGCUAGCCGCUCUACAGGUCCUCCGCCUCGCUUUCCAGUGCGUCGGUGGCCUCGAAAUGCUGCCUGGGAGGUGUUCGACGGAAUGCUCCUGCGGGUCGGAAGCACAGCUGGCCUCGUAGCCUUGCAGCCAUCCGGUGGUUGCCCAAAUUCACUUGCAGAAUUAAACGCUGGUGGUCGUUAAAACAGCAAGGAGUUAAAAAGGGAAUGGCCCGCAAGUAAACAUGAAGGAGGCUGCUAGGUCCCGGUCGACGGGGCCAAAUUUUGGCCGGUCACCUCGCGGCCGUCCGAUUCAGCCCGUAGCAACCGAUUGGUUAGUCGUUGGAUCUUCGUAUAUCUCCUCUCACACAUCUCGCGGGGGAAAAGGAAAUCUCCGGCGUGCAUCGCUCACGCAGCACGCCAUCCCUGCAACGCCAUUCCAACGCCCCAUCGCCUUGGCCAUGGUCGUCGAGCUCCUCGCGAGGGGUGUCGCCAUGGCUGCCAGGGCACCGCCAUGGCCUUGGUUGUCAAGCCUCGCCGCCGAGGCACGGCCAUGCCGGUCCCAGCUCCCGCCGACCGCGAUCAUAGCACCGUUGUAAUCGUUUGCAGACCGCUGCCUAGGGUGUUUCAGCACCGUGACUGGUUGCAGCAUUUGUUGACAUCGGUCGUAGCAAACGGCAUUGCCGGUUGUAUCACUGGGCUCGCCCCUAGUCGCCACCAUUGCAGCUUUUGUCGAUGCUGGUUGCAGCUGUGCCCGUGGCCGGUCCCAGCUUUUUCGAUGCAAGUUGCAGCUUUGUCUCGACAUCACUAGUAGCAACCGCCAUUGCUCGUUGUAGCAUCUCGCGGUCAUGGUUCCAACUCUACUGCCGGCUUGCUCUAGCAAUUAUACACCACGGUUGCAGCAACGACGACAGCCUGUUGCAGCAUCUCGGGCCGACAGUUCCAAUAAAUCCGGCCAUUGGUUGUAGCAGGGUCAUCUGCUGGUUGCAGCUUUUCCGUCAUAUGUUGCUUCCAGUCAGCUGUCAAAUGCAACAUGGCCAGGGGUGGUGUGGUGCCAGCAUCCCAAUCUACCCGGGGCUGGCUGUUCCUAGUGCAUGCUCCGAGCUCGGGCGCCUUGGAGUUGGAUUUGCCGGCUCUAGGCCACCUCCGGUCAUGCCAAGGCGGGGUCUUGUGGGCUAGAUGGGCGGCGUCCUCACGUUAUGGCAUCGGUGAGGGAUCGUGACGUCUUCGGGAGGGACCGUUAUGCCGUUGGACGGAUCGACACUGUUGGCCAUGGGCAUGGAUGCGUGUGAGCUCGCCUAGGUCGGGGCUUGGUUGAUGGCGGCCGUUGGCAGUCACUGGAUCGUGUCCCCCUCGGUCCACUGGGACUGGCUGGGGAUGCCAGCGUGGGCGUUUCCUACGGUGGAGUGUGCUGAUGUCGGGCUAGGAGUGGAUGGAGUGCCUCUGCUCCUUCGACCUUGGUUGGUGUGCUGUGGCGGGGGCGAUUGACGGGUAUCUCGAGAAAUGGAUGCCGGGUCGGCGGCCCGGGUGGAGGUCCAUAUGGUUGGCUCUUCGGCGGGCACCAUGGGGCGGCGAUGGCUAUGCUUCUUGGUUGUGUGGGCGGCAAGGGGUGUAGCGGUUGGGGGCUUGGGCUCAUUUCCUGUCUUCGACAGUAGUGAUGUCCAGAUCCAAAACUGGAGGCUUGUGCUCGCCGCAGUGGUUCUGGGUGCCUCAUCGUGGCAUGGGUGAGCUGCCGAGCGAAAACUCCGUGCUUUGGCGCCGGCGUCGGCCAUGCUUGCAGGCGCCGCUCACCUCUUGAGGCCGUCGUUGUGGUUCGAGGUGAAGACCUCUCUCCUUCCUGGACUAAGCAACGGCGACGCUUAGCGUCGUCCUCCCUCCUCAGGGCGUUGUCGUGGAGCCUAGGUGACCUAGUGCGUGUCGUGUCGUGUUUUCAGGCCUACCUGUAUUAGUUUUUGGUAGCAUUCUCGUGUUUGUGUGUGUUGUCCGGUUAUCCUAGGAUCUGCUUUGUAAGAGGGCCUCCUCAUUCCGUUGUAUCGGCUGGCCGUGUACUGUGAUAUUUGCUUUAUAUAUAAAGCGGGGCGUGAGCCUGUUUCGAGGGAGGGUUUCACCCUCUUAGCUAUCUCACUAGAUAACCGUUACUAGUUACUUAUCUCUCACCUAUAACCGAAAAAGGCUUUCGCCCCGCUUUAUAAAUAAAGCAAACCGCCACUGAGCACACAUACAUGGACUAGUUCAAACACACGCACCCAAGUCACACAAUCAAGUACAAAGGUUAUGCUGAGGUCACAGCUCAACAAGCCCAAAAAAGACUAAAAGAAAAGAGCUGAGGCGCCAGGGGACCAAACACGCGUCUAGUCGGGAUCCGGCGGAGGCGGUGGGGAGAGACGGACGACCAUCGAGCGGAGGUCGGCGAUGAAGGCAGAGAUGGCGUCGCGGUCAUCCGGGCGGCUAAGCGGCCGCCAGAGCUGCAAGAAACCAGACAGUUUGAAGAUAGCGUCAGUAGCCCGUCGUAGAGGAGCACGCUGGAUCACGAGCUUAUUACGGAUCGUCCAGAGGGUCCAAGCGAUGACCCCAAUUUCAAGCCACCUAAUGUGGCGAGAAGCCAGGGGGGAGGCCUGGAGCUCCGUAUACAGGUUGGGGAAGUUGGCGUGGCACCAAUUUCCACCCACCACCUCGCGGAAACAGCUCCAAACGAAUUGCGCGGACACACAGGAAAAGAAGAUGUGAUUCGAGUCUUCGGGGGUGGCGCAAAGCGGGCAAAGGCCAGAGCCCGGACCAUUGCGUUUGCGAACCUCAACGCCAGACGGGAUCCGACCGCGAAUCCACUGCCACAUGAAGAUCCGGAUUUUCAGAGGUAGGCGGAUGGACCACACCGUGGCUAGGGGGGAGGAGCGGAGGAUGGGGCGAUGGCCUGGUACAACGACUUGGUGGAGAAUUGGCCCGAAGGCUCGAGCCGCCAUCUAACCUGAUCCGGGCCACCGUCCACCACAGGCUCACGGAGAGCCACGCAAUCUAGCAACUCACGCCAAGCGGAGGAUUCCGGGGGGCCAAAAGGCCUCCGGAAAGCGAGGCGCCCUAAGUCAAUAAGGGCCCUCUCAACUGAGAUCAAGGGGUCAACCGCGAUGGAGAAGAGGUCGGGGAAGCGCGCGGCAAAAGGGGGGGUCUCCGGCCCACCGAUCAAACCAGAACAUAGUUGCCGAGCCGGACCCCACCGAGAUGGAAGUCCUGAUGCGAAGGACAGGGAGAAGCUGGACGACCGAUUGCCAGAACUACGAGCCGCCAGAUCUCUGACAAAAGGCAAGGGGCUGUCCACGCAAGUACUUAUUCCGGAUGAUGUCGAGCCAGAGGCCACCAUGGCCUUGCGAGAUGCGCCAGAGCCAUCGGGACAGGAGGGCGAUAUUCAUGAGCUUGGAACACAUGAUACCGAGGCCGCCCUGUUCCCUAGGCUUGCAAAUGUCAGGCCAGCUGACCGUAUGAUAUUUCUGCUUAUUGUGGUCGCCGGCCCAAUAGAAGCGGGACUGGAUUUUGGUGAUCUCAUGGUGCAGAGUCUCAUGGAGGCUGUAGAAGCUCAUGAGGAACAGGAGGAGGCUGGAGAGGGAUGAGUUAAUGAGAAUGGUCCGAGCCGCCUUAGACAGCCAUCUACCCUGCCAAGGUUCGAUGCGUGUCUGAAGCUUGGUCACGGUCAGGCGUAGAUCUGCGAGGUGAGCCGAGAGUCGCUAAUAGGCCUUCCCAAGUAGGUCGUGGGGAAUGAACCAAGGCGGCAGUUGAGCCGGUUAGCGAUGGCAAGGGACUCGGCCUCAGAGUAUCCCAUCACCAUCACAUCACUCUUGUCGAAGUUUAUCUUAAGGCCAGACAUUUGUUGGAAGCAGAGAAGAAGGAACUUAAGAUUGGGGAUGUCCAACUCAAAGCCUUCGAUCAUGAUGAUGGUGUCAUCGGCGUACUGGAGGAGGGAAAUCCCAGAGCCGCCAGCCAGGUGGUGUGUGAUCCCGCGAAUGUGGUCAGCAGCCUUCGCUUUGUCCAGGAUGGCGGCAAGCGCGUCCACCACCAUAUUGAACGGGAAAGGGGAGAAGGGAUCGCCUUGUCUAACCCCACAGUGUGGGGAAGUAGGGGCCAAUCUCCCCAUUAAUGUUCACGGCAGUGCGACCGCAAGAGACCAUCUGCAUAACCCUGGUAAUCCAGCGGUCGUCAAAGCCCUUUCGGAGCAAAACUUCCCGAAGGAAGGGCCAACUAACAGUGUCAUAGGCCUUAUGGAAAUCAAUCUUCAAGAAAACCACCUUGAGGUGUUUAGAUCGGACCUCAUGGAGUACUUCAUGAAGAACUAGCACCCCAUCCAGGAUAUACCGCCCCUGAAUGAAGGCGGACUGGUUGGGGUGGGUAAUGUGGUCAGCGAGGAGGGUCACCCUAUUGGCGUACCCUUUAGCCAGAAUCCGGAAGAUCACGUUGAUGACCGUGAUUGGACGAAACUGGCGGAUGUCAGAGGCACCCGGAACCUUCGGGAUGAGCGAAAUGAUUCCAUAGUUGAGGCGCCCGAGGUCAAUGGACCCAACAUAGAACUCCUUGAAGAUGGCCAUGAUCUCAAGUUUAAUCACAUUCCAGAAGGCCUGGAAGAAUUUCACCGGAAGGCCGUCGGGACCCGGAGCGGAGGUGGGGUUCAUGCCUCGAAUGGCAGCCCAAACCUCGCCCUCGGAGAAAGGGGCCGUGAGGGCCGCAUUCUCCUUCAUCCGAAACCAGCUGGGCGUCGGUCCAGCAAUCAGGAGCCAGGGAGAGGCCGCUCCUAGGAGCAGCAGAGAACAGGGAUCUAUAGAAGCCGUCGACAUGGCUACGAAUGUCACGGGGGUCCUGCAGGAGGGAGACACCAUCCCAGAGGAGGGGGAUGGUGUUGCGCCUACGCCGGCCGUUCGCGAUGGCCGAAAGUAGGCCGUGUUCGCGUCGCCUUUCAAGACCCAUUUUUGGGCCCCGCGGAGGCGCCAAUACGCCUCCUCAUCAGAGUAGAUGACGGAGAGCUGGUCUUCUAAGUCGUAGUGAGAGAGCCACUCAUCCGGAGAGAGGCCGCUGGAAUCAGCACGAAGAUCUAGGGCUUGGAUGGCGGCCAACAAGGCCUUCUUACGCUCGCGGAGGUCACGCCCCAAGUUAGCGCCCCAUCCCUUCAUGAACUGUCGGCCACGCUUGGCACAAAAAUGCCAACAAUCAAUGGCCGAGGGGGGACGAGGGUGGGGGUGACCACGGGCUUCCACCCAGCGGGUGCCAACAGCCUCCACAAAACCGAUUUGGGACAGCCAAAAUGUCUCAAAGCGGAAUCGAUGGGGAAUCGGCGAAGGAGAGGAGGAGGGGCACGUGGUCGGAGCCGAUCCUGGUGAUGGCACGAAGGGAGGCAAGAUGGCAACGGAGGUCCCAUUUCGGGGAAACUAGAACCUUGUCCAGCACGGACUGGGUUGGGGAGGCCUGACGAUUGGUCCAGGUAAACCUGGCACCAAUUCUAUCAAUCUCGCGGAGGCCGAGAUCGGCAAUGAAAUCAUUAAACAUUUGCAUCCAUGCAAAGUUAACGUUCGCGUUGCUCUUGUCCUCCGCGAAACGGAGGAGAUUGAAAUCGCCUCCAACGACCACCGGAAGAGAAGCUGCCUAAAUUUUCCGGUGGAUCUCCUUGAGGAAGGAAGCAGACCUACUAUGGUCGGCCGGUCCGUAGACAAUGAUGACCUCCCACUUAAAAUUAAGCGACCGUUCGAAGAGUUCCAUGCUCAGAAAGAAUUGCCCCCGGAGAAGCGGCCGAAAUUUUCCGGUGGAUCUCCUCGAGGAAGGAAGCAGACCUACUAUGGUCGGCCGGUCCGUAGACAAUGAUGACCUCUCACCUAUAAAUACUCUUUCUGUACUAGAUGGAGAAACUAUUAAUGCACUGGAUAAAAAAAGUUGUAGGUUGAUUAGCACAGUGACAUACCCUUUAGAAAAAAAUCCAGAUGAAUGUUUUAUAGCAAAAUAAAAAAUAAAGAAAAGAAACAAGAGUAGACGAUGCGAUGCCUAUGAAACAAGUGUGGGUUUGGUGCUUGUGCUUGCCGUUGCUUUAGAAUUUGUGAUGCCUUGGUGUCCAGAAAGGAAAAGAAUAAGAAUCAAAUAAAGGAAAACUCCACCGGCAGCUUAUAAAGAAUCAAAUGAAGGAAAGGAACACUCCACCAACAGCUAACGAUUGAUCCCUGCCUCUCUUCCCACGACCUCUUCCCUGCGCGCGCCUACAUAUACCCUCUCCACGCAACCAGCGCCGGCAAAAACAGUAUUGAGAGAGCCACGCCGGAUUCGCAUUCUCGAUCAUUGUCUUCCGUCGCAGCUUGAUCAUCGUCUUCGCUGCAGGGAGCCACACACCGGAUUCACAUUCCUGGCGUUGCGAUGGACUUCGCCGUGGACGCUGCGCUCUGGGUGUUGGGCAAGGCUCUGGCCCCGGUCACGGACGGCCUGCUGGAGCCAUGGGCGGCCAGCGCCGGGCUUGGCCACAACAUCGACGCCCUCAAGAUGGAGCUCCUCUACGCUCAGGGGAUGCUCGACAACACGCAGGGCAGGGAAUUUCGAAGCCCCGCGCUCAAGGAGCUUCUACACAAGCUCCGGGAGCUCGCGUACAGGGCUGACGACGUGCUUGACGAGCUUGACUACUUCCGCAUCCAGGACGCGCUCGAAGGCACUUACCACGCCACCGCCGACUUGGAUGCACAGGGCUGCAUUGAUGGCCUCGUCCUCAAUGCUCGGCACACUGCCAGGGCCACCGCUCAUAAGCUCAGGCUCUCACCAUGUUCGCCUGGUGCUAGUGCUAGCCGUGGCGAUCCCGGCGACGAAGCAGAAGGUGGGGGGAAACAAGGAUGCCUGUUUAGCAUCCGCACUCGUGGCAGGCAUCAAAUCAGCUCCCCACCAGCGUCACCCACCAACAAUGGUGGAUGCAUUUCCAAGGUUAUUUCUCGUGCUCGCAGCUCUGCCCACAUUAUCGGUAAGAAUCUCACAUGCUACUCUUUCCCGUCCGUCGACCACGAUGACGAUACCAUGUUGGAACGACGGUUCCUUUGUGGCGCCUGGCAGUCCAAGGCAGUACAGAGAAAUCAUGUAGUGCAAACUCCAAAAAAGGAAUUUGAUAGGGUGGGGAUGUCCCAUAAGAUGAUAGAAAUAGUGGAGCAGCUGAAAGCCCUAUGUGGAAAGGUCUCCACCAUCCUCAGUCUAGAGCUAUUGGGUUCUAGUCGUACCUCUAACCAAGACAGUACUAUGAACAGACCCAAAACCACCCCAAAUAUUGUAGAGUCUGAGUUAUAUGGGAGGGAUGGCCAGAAAAAGAGCAUCGUGGAUGAUAUUACACAUGGUAAGUAUUGUACAGAUGAACUUACUGUGGUUCCACUUGUUGGUCCGGGUGGUAUUGGGAAGACAACACUCACACAACACAUAUUUAGAGAACUCGAGAGUUCUUUCCAAGUUUCAGUUUGGAUAUGUGUCUCUCUCGAUUUUAAUGCAGAUAGGUUGAUACAAGAGAUUGUGAACAAGCUCCCUAAAGUGAACGGUGAAAAGGAUAAUGCUAGCAACCAAGAGUUAAUUGAACAAAGAUUAAAAUCUAAGCGGUUGUUGCUUGUUUUAGAUGAUGUGUGGACAUAUCAUGAGGAUGAGUGGAAAAAACUAUUAGCUCCAUUGAAACAUAAUGAUGGAGAAAAGGGUAAUGUGGUUAUAGUCACUACACGAAUUCCAAAGGUAGCAAGUAUGGUCACCACAACUAAUUCUUCAAUCAACGUGGAACGUUUAAGUCAUGAGGAUACUAUGUCUUUCUUCGAAGUAUGUGUAUUUGGUGACCAACGACCAUGGGAAGACCAUCCUGAAUUACGUGAUGUUGGGAAUAGAAUAGUAACAAAAUUGAAGGGUUUCCCUCUUGCAGCAAAAACAGUUGGUAGGUUACUAAGAAACCAGCUUACCUUGGACCACUGGACAAGAGUUGCAGAAAGUAGAGAAUGGGAAUUACAGACCAACGACAUUGACAUUAUGCCUGCCCUAAAGCUUAGCUAUGAUUAUCUCCCUUUUCAUCUACAACAAUGUUUUUCCUAUUGUGCAUUGUUUCCAGAAGAUUAUGAAUUUGGUAGCAAAGAGUUGACUCACUUCUGGAUAGGACUAGGCAUUAUAAGGUCACAUGAUAAGGCCAAAAGAACAGAAGGUGUUGCACUGUGCUAUUUAGAUGACUUGGUAAAUCAUGGAUUCUUUAGAAAGAAUGAGAAAGAAAAUGGUCCUCGUUAUGUUAUUCAUGACCUACUGCAUGACUUGGCAGUGAAGGUUUCAUCAUAUGAAUGCCUUUGCAUAUAUAGUUCUAAUGUGAGGUCCAUACAAAUUCCUGCAUCUGUACGUCACUUGUCCAUUAUUGUAGAAAAUACCGAUGUCAAAGAUAUAAUCACUUUUAAAGAAUACAACAGGGGGGCGAGUGCACUAGGUAAAAGAUUGAAAGUUCAGAACUUACGCACUUUAGUGUUGUUUGGUGAAUACCAUGGAAACUUUGCCAAAACUUUUAGGGGUUUAUUUAGGGAAGCUAGAGCCUUGCGCACUAUUUUUCUGUCUGGUGCAUCAUAUUCUGUGGACGCUGUGUUGCUGGACUUUUCAGAACUUGUCCAUCUUCGCUACCUAAGGAUCAAAUCAGUUCGUAAUAAGGACAUGUGCUUACCUAGUGCAUUGUUUAGAUCCUAUCACUUAGAGGUAAUUGAUCUAGAAAGUUGGGGCGGCAGCUUUGGUUCAACAAGUCAAAUGAGCAGCCUUGUAAAAUUGCGUCAUUUUGGUGUGCCGGAAGAUAGUCUUAAACUUCACUCUAGCAUAUGCGAGGUUGAGAAACUUAAAUUCCUAGAGGAACUGAGGAGAUUUGAAGUGGGAAAAGAAACCAAGGGUUUUGAACUAAGUCAACUAGGAGAACUGACAGAGCUUGGAGGAUCACUUGGCAUUUAUAAUCUCGAAAAGGUGCAGAAAAAAGACGAGGCAAAUGAACUAAAACUGAUACACAAAAACCACUUGCACAAGUUAAUACUAGAAUGGUGUAUUGAUGGACCUAACAAGAAUGCAGAACAAGAAGAACAUGUCAUUGAAAGUCUCGUACCACACAGUAAUCUGCAAGACCUAUGCAUUAGAGGACAUGGAGGUGCUAAUUGCCCAUCAUGGUUGGGCAGGUACCUCUCAGUUGAAAAUUUAGAAUCUCUUUCCCUAUGUGACGUAUCUUGGAGCACACUUCCCCCUCUAGGGAAGUUGGGGUUCGUUGCUGGUGAAGAGUGGCAGAGUCAUGUCUCAAGCCAAAGUUUCCAUAUUUUGAAAAGGCUGGAAAUAGUUAACAUACCAAAACUACAAAAAUGGGCUGGAAACGAACCUUGUCAUUUGUUCUCUGUUCUAGAGGUGGUCAUCUUUAUAGAUUGCCCUGAACUCGUGGAAUUGCCAUUUUCACACCCUAGUAGCUAUCAAGCAAAGCACGACGAGAAUAUGUCUUGGUUUCCUAAACUACGGGAGCUCAAGAUUAUACGCUGCCCCAAAUUGGCGUCAUUGCCUCCAAUUCCUUGGACCAAAGCUCCAUGCUCAGUUGAGAUAGAACAAACAGGACCAGUAUUUGGGAAGCUAGUGUACUCGAAGAACUACAAAUCGGAAUUGAGUUUGAAAGUUGAGGGAAAAGACUGUCAGCAUGGUGCGUUGUGGAAUGGGCUGGCAUUCCAUAAUCUAGCUGAUCUGAAAGACCUGAAGGUGACGAAGUGCCCUCCCCUGCCACUGAUUCAUCUCCAGAAGCUAAAAUCUCUCAAGUCCCUGUGGAUAACCGGUAUGAGCAACUCAUUGCUGCUGUUUGAAGGUGAAGGCUAUAAUACUGAAUGCCCGCUUCCAGUUGAACAUAUACGGAUCGAGGACUGUGGUACUGAUGGAAAGGAACUGACACUACUGUUGUCUUAUUUCCCGAAGCUCACUGUGUUAGUAAUGAGAAGUUGUGAGAAGAUAACAGAGCUUGGUGUGGCGGUGCUUCAGACGGAGAUGACGACACCAUCAUCUUCAGGUAAUGAAGUUGAAAUUGAGCAUGCACAAGAUGGGCACCAUCAGACAAGAGGAGAGGAGGUAGAAGAUGCAGCAGCAGGAGGAGGUCUGCUGCUCCUACCUCGCCAACUACAGGAGUUGAACAUCGAUGCAUGCAAAGAGCUGCGGUUACUCUCUGCUUCACUUGGCAAGGACAGCACACACGGAGGAGGGCUCCAGAGUCUCUGCUCCCUCCAAUGGUUGGGCAUAUCUGGUUGCCCCAGGUUCCUCUCGUCCUAUUCGUCCUGCGCCUCAUCUUGUUUCCCCUUCCCGACCUCCCUGCAACAACUCAUGGUGUGGCGCGUGGAGGGCAUGGAGACGCUGGCUCCCCUCUCAAAUCUCAUCUCUCUCACCAGUUUAUACAUGCCUGAUUGUGGGGAUCUAAGAGGCGAGGGCUUCUGGCCUCUCAUCGCCCAGGGCCACCUCACACGAUUAAACAUCUGUGGAACCCCAAAAUUCUUCACUGGUUCAGAGCCCUCAUGGCCGCAUGACCAAGAGAUUCCUUCCUCUUCAUCCAAACUCGAAAAUCUGUCGACAGAUGACUGGGCGGGAGUCCUUACUGUGCCCAUCUGCAGACUCCUCUCUUCCGCCCUCACUGAGUUAAACUUUUGUUACAACGAAGAGGUGGAGCGCUUAACAGAGGAGCAAGAGGAGGCCCUUUACCUCCUCAAUAGCCUCCAGAAACUUGUGUUUUCUCACUGCAGGAAGCUGCAGCACCUCCCUAUGGGGCUAACCAAGCUUGCCAGCCUCAAGAUAUUACAGAUCCGGUGGUGUCCAGCCAUUCAGUUGCUGCCCAAGCACGGACUGCCAAGUUCUCUACAAGAAUUAUAUAUCAGAAACUGUCCGGCCAUCAAAUCUCUGCCCAAGGACGGCCUGCCAAGUUCACUACGAAAAUUACAAGUAUUUGAUGGCAUCAGCGAGGAGCUUAAAAGGCAGUGCCGCAAGUUAAAAGGAACCAUUCCAAUCAUCAUAGACUAUGCCAUCUACUACUAAUCCAAGGGUUCUUCUCGGAUUUGUACAUUCUUCUAGCCUAGUCUUAUAGAUCCAGUUCUCUUUCUAUCCAAGCACAGUUCAUGAAGUUGCUGCCCUUGAAAGCAUGAAGGUUUCAAAUUAUUAUAGCACCCGUCCAUUAUUAUACUGGUUAUGGCCUCUGCUAUGGAGCUCUAAAAAUUGUUCUACCUUUGAAGAACCUUUGCACAAUUUUGGACGCCAAGACCUUGUGUGGCAUCGCCUACAUAACUAUGGGAUCAGUCUUGGAGUUGUACAUUCUUAUAGCCUUGGAGAGCUCUCUCCUUCUACGAAAAAAGCUAAAAAACAGAAAAAGAAAAAAAGAGAAAAGAGAAAAAAAGAAAAAGAAAAAAGAAAAAAGAGAAAAAGAGAAAAGGGAAAAAAUAAAAGGAAAAAAGGAAAAAGAAAAAAAAGAAAAAAGGAAAAGAAAGGAAAUGCUUUAAAAAAAGAGAGUAAAGCUU